CACACGUCUCCACUUAUAUCAGUAUAUUUGUAACAGGCUAAACAUUACGAAACGUAUAUUCUAUAAAAUAAGCCUCAUGUAAUUGGACAGACUAUAAUAUCACUCCAUAGAGAAAAGGCUUAUCUGACGCGGACAGAUUGUGGGCAGAGUAAAUCCUCUCUGUUAGCGGCCGUAAUAAAUUGUUGGACGUGGAAUCAGCGGAUGAGACAGUUGGGCAAUACGGACAUCACAACGUUGUUAGACGUUUAUUUAUUUCUGUAUUAAAACCCGUUUCUUACGCCUAUAUAUAUAUUUAUGUUUUCUGCCGAAGACUGCCAGUAUUUACGUGGCUAUAAUAAUGGUGUGAAGGUGGAGAAAACAGCCGGGGAUCGAGGGACGGUAUGUUGAUCUCACCAACGUUUCUCCGGGAUAUCGGUGUUAAUCAGUGUCUGAACGCCGUUUGACGUGAACAUGGACAUCACCGAUGGAGCAGAGGAGCUUUCCUUGGAGGAGAUCUUAUCGUUGUACAACCAGCCGAUCAAUGAAGAGCAGGGAUGGGCUGUUUGUUACCAAUGUUGCAGAACUUUGGUUCAGAAACACCGGAGGAGACAGCCCAGGACCUCCAGCGCUUCAGUUGGGGAUUUACCGAGAAGGAUUGAAGGACCUGGAGAUGUGCGGAUUCUGAGAGAUGGAACAGUUGCGUUACACCACCGAGACAGCGCAGAUCAACCCAGACCUCCCAACACGUCCUUAGAGGUGAUUGAAUCUCUGGGAAUCAUGAUCUACAAGGCGUUGGACUACAGUCUGAAGGAGAGCGAGGAGAGAGAGCUCAGUCCGCCUCUGGAACAACUCAUCGACAUGAUGACCAACAUGGCAGAGAAGGAGAGGGACAGUGACCCCUGCCCUGAUGAAGGUUACGAGGCCAUCGAGGAGGAGGAAGACGAGGGAGAUCCAAAAACUGUCUGUCACGUAAAAGGAUUCAGAGACAUCAUCAUGCUGUGUACAUCCCACCUGCCCAGCCCCUCUGAUGCCCCUAACCACUACCAGGCUGUGUGUCGGGCGCUCUACGCCGAGACCAGAGAGCUACGCACCUUCCUGGAGAAGAUCAGGAGUGCCAAAGAGAACCUUCGGCGGAUGGAACGAGACACUGGAGAGGAACCAAUCAGAGAUGUCAACGAGCUACAGAACGCUGACUGGGCUAAGUUCUGGAUGCAGGUGAUGGGUGACCUGCGUAACGGGGUCAAGCUGAAGAAGGUCCAGGAGAGACAGUACAGCCCUCUACCUAUAGAGUUCCAGCUCACACCUUACGAGAUGCUGAUGGACGACAUCCGCUUCAAACGAUACAAACUACGGAACGUCACGCUGAAUGGAGACAUCCCUCCCAGGUUAAAGAGUGGUCAUGAGGUCAUCCUGGACUUCAUCCGUUCCCGACCACCUCUAAACCCUGUUACUGCUAGGAAGUUGAAGCCUCACCCAGCGUGGCCGCAGACCCUCCAUGAGCGUCUCUUAGAGGGCAUCAAACAGGAGAGGAAGCUACGGCCUGUAUCACCUGACAUGAUCCGACGCAACCGCCUGGACCUGUCCACUCCAGACGCCCCCAGGAAGCACGCCACCAGCACCCUGUCCUGUCCUCCAGCUCACGGGGUGGGAGGGGCUCUGUGUCAGAGGAAGAGGCUUCUGAAGGCGCCCACGCUGGCUGAACUGGGAAGCUCAGAGUCUGAUGAUGAGCCCAGUCACCGCUCCUCCAGUUUGUCAGUAUCCAUGUUGGACGCCUCGUCUCCGGGAUCUGUCCUGGGGAAGAACACACCCUCUAGGUUCCUGCCCAUCUCCAUGACUCCCCAGCCUGACAGUCGCCCCUCCCCUCAGAGGAGACGCUCCAAUGAGAAGGAGCCCCCCACCAGCGUACGACCCUUCACAGCCCCCACCAGACAGAGCUCCAAGUCUCUGGAGGACUUCUGCUACCCUGUAGAGUGUCUGGCUCUAACAGUAGAAGAGGUGAUGCACAUCAGACAAGUUCUGGUCAAAGCUGAGCUGGAGAAGUUCCAACAGUACAAAGACAUCUACAACGCACUGAGGAAAGGAAAGCUGUGUUUCUCCUGUCAGACUACAAGGUUCUCCAUCUUCACCUGGUCUUACACCUGCCAAUUCUGCAAAAGGCCUGUGUGCUCGCAGUGCUGUAAAAAGAAGAGACUUCCAUCUAAGCCGUAUGCCAACCUGUCCAUCUCCUCUCUGGGUCCUACUGCCACUCUACCCAGGGAGGAGGCAGAAGGGACAUCAGCCUUGGACAUCCCUUCGUCCAGCCAGCACCACAGCCGGACCGUCUCAAGGUUAUCCAAACGCAAAAUGGAGGGGUCUCGUGACAAGCUGGCUCUUCCCAAGGAGCUCACAGAGGAUUGGUGUACCGUGGAGGUCUGCAUCGACUGUAAGAUGUUCAUCUCUGAGAUCAUCUCCAGCAGCAAGCGCUCUCUGGCCACCAAGCGAGCCCGUCUGAAGAGGAAGACCCAGUCCUUCUACUUGUCUUCAGCUAACACAAACGACUACAGACUCUCUGAGAGGACCGUCAACGAGGUUUAGACUACAGACCCUCUGAGAGGACCGUCAACGAGGUUUAGACUACAGACCCUCUGAGAGGACCGUCAACGAGGUUUAGACUACAGACCCUCUGAGAGGACCGUCAACGAGGUUUAGACUACAGACCCUCUGAGAGGACCGUCAACGAGGUUUAGACUACAGACCCUCUGAGAGGACCGUCAACGAGGUUUAGACUACAGACCCUCUGAGAGGACCGUCAACGAGGUUUAGACUACAGACCCUCUGAGAGGACCGUCAACGAGGUUUAGACUACAGACCCUCUGAGAGGACCGUCAACGAGGUUUAGACUACAGACCCUCUGAGAGGACCGUCAACGAGGUUUAGCUUUAGGGUCAGACUUCUCUCUGUCCACUCCUUGGGGGCAUCUCAAAUCCAAAUUGUAUUUGUCACAUGCUUCUAAAACAACAGUGAAAUGCUUCCAUUUCAUGAACAACUUCUCCAUAUCGUGCUGCACUUUGACCAGAGCUCAAAGGGACCAGGCUGUUUGUUGGCAUUCUAGCUGUGUGAUGUAUUUAGGCUAAGACUGCUGACCCUAGCUGUCACAGUACUCUAUGGACCCUGGUCUAAAGUAGCGCACUAUAUAGGGAAUAGGGUGCCCUUUGAGACAGUCAUACUGUCUCAGCUCUCUGCUGCUAAUCACUGUGCAAUAAUGAUAGAGGUGACCAUUGUAGAAAAUGUGUUUAGUGUAUACUACCUACCUGGAUGGAUGGAUGGUUCUAGACAGGUGUUCAGUGUGUUAGUGUAUACUACCUACCUGGAUGGAUGGUUCUAGACAGGUGUUCAGUGUGUUAGUGUAUACUACCUACCUGGAUGGAUGGAUGGUUCUAGACAGGUGUUCAGUGUGUUAGUGUAUACUACCUACCUGGAUGGAUGGUUCUAGACAGGUGUUCAGUGUGUUAGUGUAUACUACCUACCUGGAUGGAUGGUUCUAGACAGGUGUUCAGUGUGUUAGUGUAUACUACCUACCUGGAUGGAUAGUUCUAGACAGGUGUUCAGUGUGUUAGUGUAUACUACCUACCUGGAUGGAUGGUUCUAGACAGGUGUUCAGUGUGUUAGUGUAUACUACCUACCUGGAUGGAUGGAUGGUUCUAGACAGGUGUUCAGUGUGUUAGUGUAUACUACCUACCUGGAUGGAUGGAUGGUUCUAGACAGGUGUUCAGUGUGUUAGUGUAUACUACCUACCUGGAUGGAUGGAUGGUUCUAGACAGGUGUUCAGUGUGUUAGUGUAUACUACCUACCUGGAUGGAUGGAUGGUUCUAGACAGGUGUUCAGUGUGUUAGUGUAUACUACCUACCUGGAUGGAUGGAUGGUUCUAGACAGGUGUUCAGUGUGUUAGUGUAUACUACCUACCUGGAUGGAUGGAUGGUUCUAGACAGGUGUUCAGUGUGUUAGUGUAUACUACCUACCUGGAUGGAUGGUUCUAGACAGGUGUUCAGUGUGUUAGUGUAUAAUACCUACCUGGAUGGAUGGUUCUAGACAGGUGUUCAGUGUGUUAGUGUAUACUACCUACCUGGAUGGUUGGAUGGUUCUAGACAGGUGUUCAGUGUGUUAGUGUAUACUACCUACCUGGAUGGAUGGAUGGUUCUAGACAGGUGUUCAGUGUGUUAGUGUAUACUACCUACCUGGAUGGAUGGAUGGUUCUAGACAGGUGUUCAGUGUGUUAGUGUAUACUACCUACCUGGAUGGAUGGAUGGUUCUAGACAGGUGUUCAGUGUGUUAGUGUAUACUACCUACCUGGAUGGAUGGAUGGUUCUAGA